GAAAUUCAGUGCUUUCCAGAGAAGGACCAUAGUAUAAAGCUCAUUUACUCGCUUCCCGUGUUCUCCCAAUAUUUUGUUACUUAUGUAUUCCAAUUUGUUUCAAAUUACUGUUAUUUUUCCCUUUUAUUUUAUUUAUCCUUUUUGUGGAAUUUCCGGUUUUCUUCAUGGUAUUUUUGAUUGGGCGCCGCUCAAUCUAAUUAAAUUUCCGAGGCCCAACGGCCAUGGGUUGCUCCAGCCAAUUAGUCCCAGACCGUCUGGAUGGAUCUGUCAACGGCGAACGAACCCCAAGCCUGGAACGCACCAGUUCGCCUCGUCCACCUUUCUGCACUUCAUGCCUUAAUUGACUGGCCUUAUCGGUCCAAACGUCAGCAUAGUCCCAUUCAUGAUGAAUAUCUUUCCCGUUCUUCGGGUAAGUCUGAGCGUCCAUGU